CUGCGCCACGUCCCCUGCGGCGCCGGCGACCAUGGCGGGAAGCGAGGCGCGCCCGGGAUGCGGCUCCCCUCAGCCGCAGCACAGCGACUGGAGCCGCCUGGAGGCGGCCAUCCUCAGCGGCUGGCGGAGCUUCUGGCAGUCGGUGGGCAAGGAGCGGGCGGCGCCCAGCGCCUCCCGAGAGCCGGCGGACGAGGAGCCCAGCGCCCUGGCGCGGCUGCCGAUUGACGUUCAGCUAUAUAUUUUGUCAUUUCUCUCACCUCAUGACCUGUGUCAGCUGGGAAGUACUAAUCAUUACUGGAGUGAAACUGUACGAGAUCCGAUUCUGUGGAGGUAUUUCCUGUUGCGGGACCUUCCUUCUUGGUCUUCUGUAGACUGGAAGUCUCUUCCAGAUCUGGACAUCCUGAAGAAACCUGUAUCCGAAGUCACCGACGGUGCGUUUUAUGACUACAUGGCAGUCUAUAAAAUGUGCUGUCCAUAUACAAGAAGAUCCUCGAAAUCUAGCCGUCCUAUGUAUGGAGCAGUGACUUCAUUUUUACACUCAUUGAUCAUUCAGAAUGAACCUCGAUUUGCUAUGUUUGGACCAGGUUUGGAAGAACUGAAUACAUCUUUGGUGUUGAGCUUGAUGUCUUCUGAGGAACUUUGCCCAACAGCUGGUUUGCCUCAGAGGCAAAUUGAUGGUAUUGGAUCAGGAGUCAGUUUUCAGUUGAGCAACCAACAUAAGUUCAACAUUCUAAUAUUAUAUUCAACUACCAGAAAGGAAAGAGAUAGAGCAAGAGAAGAGCAAACGAGUGCAGUUAACAAGAUGUUCAGCAUACAGAACGAAGGGGAUGAUCCACAAGGAGGCCGAUACAGUGUAAUUCCACAAAUUCAGAAAGUGUGUGAAGUUGUUGAUGGGUUCAUCUAUGUUGCAAAUGCUGAAGCUCAGAAAAGACAUGAAUGGCAAGAUGAAUUUUCUCGCAUUAUGGCAAUGACAGAUCCAGCUUUUGGAUCAUCAGGAAGACCAAUGCUGGUGUUAUCUUGUAUUUCUCAAGCAAAUGUAAAAAGAAUGCCCUGUUUUUAUUUGGCGCAUGAGCUGCAUCUGAAUCACCUAAACCACCCAUGGAUGGUCCAGGACACAGAGGCUGAAACUCUAACAGGUUUUCUGAAUGGCAUUCAGUGGAUUCUUGAAGAAGUGGAGUCUAAGCAUGCAAGAUGAUCCUUCUUUUAGAUCUUGGAACUGAAACCAUUUGAAACUUGCUACUGAGGUUAUGAUGUGAUUAUUUGCUCAGUCAGCUCAUUUUGUCCUGCCUUUAUGCAGGUAGGCUUUUUAUUGGACAGCUGUAGCUGCUGUGUUUUCAAGAUAAUUUUUAGUUUUUCCCGGAAAUCAAUUACAAGAAAAAGUUUCAGUGUAAGCAGUUAGCUCCACAAUGAACCUUUUAAGAUUUUUUUGAUAAUUUUUAUAUUUUCUCUCUUUUUAAAAAUAUUAAAUUCUGGAAAAAACAA